CGGGUCAGCAACGGCACAAUCAAUACGUAGUCGGGCACUUCAUUCACUGCGGCGCUCACUUCAACUACUCUCCCUCACGCACAGGCCGAGUCAAGUCGGCCCGCGUCACAUCUCAUUGGGUUCUUCCUCCAUGUCGACGGCCGCAACAGCCCAACAUGUCGUACUACGAUGUUGACGCGAUCCUGACAGACGCAGAGAAAGUCCCCUGUCAGUUCGAGCUCGACGCUCCAGACCUCGGGCACCUCGACUCGUCGUCGUCCACCGGCCUCAAGCCCGGCACGCCCCUCUCGCUACCGCUGUGGCUCGCCGAGAUGCUCGCCCUCGCGUCCACGGGCGGCGGGGACGACGCGCGCGCCCCUCUGACGCUCAACCUGCCGCCGUGCCUGUCGGAGCGCGUCGCCAACGCCCUCAAGGCGGACCCGCGGGCCGUCGCGCUGCGCGACCAGAGCGCGCACUUUUACGGCGUGGGCGUGCGCAUGCUCGACCUGUUCGACGAGCGCGAGCUGGGCGCCGUGCUGCGCCGCACGUUUGUCCUGCGCGCCGCCGACGUGGGGCUGCACGCGCGCAAGGCCGACGAGACGGGCGUCGGCGGCGGCACCGGCGGCGGCGGAGGAGGAGGAGUGCCGUCUGGGGAGGAGUUCCUGCGGGGGCUGGAUGAGUGGGAGAGGGCCUUGUUCCGGAGGGGUCACGAGGGCGUGAGGAACACGAGGGAGUGGAUGGACAAGGUGAAGAAGGGCUGAUGAUGAGAGAUGCGUGUCGUCGUCUGUCUGGUGGUGGAUAAGUAGGAGGGAGCGGGCAAAGCAGCGUGGCUCUAGCAUGGAUAUGGCUUUGGGGGAAAGGAAAUUAUAUGAUACCCUGGUUGACAUAGACUGAAGGACAGCAGAUUGGAACAUGUCGCGUGGAGCACAACCCCUACGUUCGAGAAUGAAGCCCUAGACGCCCUAUGGGCAGGCAACCAAGUCACAUUUACGAG